UUGUCUGGAAAUCUAAAGAAUACGCUGUUCCGUUCGAUUGAUCGAUCAAUACAUUGAAUAGACGUAUAUUCGGUUAUAGGUUUAAGUAUAAAAUGAUUGAACUCGGAUGAGGAAGAGUUUUAGAAAUAUGGCCGAAAGCAGUAAAGGAAAGUUGGUAAUCGUUGAAUGGGAGGUUUCAGGGAAAGAAGUAGACGAAAAAAGACUGAAAACGUUCAUAAAGGCAAAAUCAAAUGCAGAACCGAUUAUCAAUCUCGGCAAAUACAGGAGGAUAGCGCUUCUAGAGUUCAAAGAAGACAAUGACGUGAACUUCUUGCGCAAUCAAUGGAAAUCCGGCGACUUUUGGACUAUAACAAAUAUCAGCGUGGUGCCAGAGACAAAGAUGAUAAAAGUAACAAAUUUACCAAAGAAUGCAAAUAGAAGAGAUGUGAACCAUUACUUUACAAAUGAAAAUAUGGUCAAUUUGAAGCUCGAUGUUGAUGUCAUGCAGGAAUACUUCCAUCCUGAAAAGGGAUUUUGUGUGCUGAACUUGUCGUCUUCAUCCGACGCAAAACGUGCCUGUAGGGAGUACAAAAAGUUUAAGGAGUUCAGGAAGUGUCAGCUUGCUGUAGAACCAUAUUACGGGGAGUUAGAAACUCUGACUGAAUUAUCUACAGGGAAGGUUGAAGAAAUUAAACCAAUCACUGUUGACAAUAUUGAUAAUAUGAAGAUGAAGUUUAUGAAAGAUUUCUGUAAAGUUAGCAUUGAACAACAGUUUAAAUCUGCUUGCGCUAACAUCUUUUGGGCUAGAGAAGGAAGAAAUAAAGUCGGACUGAAAUUUGAUUGUGAACACAAUGAUUUGAGGCAGGAACAUGGCAGAACAUGGGAAAAGAAUGUAAGACAGCUGUUGCAAAAUAUAAUGGAUGAUAUAGUCGUUGUCAGAAAGAACCUUUCGGUAGGAGUCUGGGAUAAGGUACAAGAAGUUCUCAUAAGCUUUCCGUUGGACUCUGUCUUAAUUGAUGAAGAAGCAGAUGAAUAUAGACUGACCAUUGUUGGGCAUAAAAAGGAUUCGGCUAUUGCGAAACUCGAAAAAGAUAUUGACGCUAUACAACCUCCUAAACCAAUCGUAAAGAAAGAUGUUACGGUCAGCAACAAAAUCAAACUUGCUGCAUUUGCUGAUCUCCAAAUGGGUGAUACCGUAGGUGGAGUAACUGUAGAUUGCCAAGUCAGUGCAGGGGUUAUCAGAAUACAUGGCGAUAAGGAAACUAUAGAUAAAGCGGAAAUUGAAAUUUUGGAAAUUUUAAACCAGAUAGUUGUAGAGUCGUCUAAUUUCAGUUCAAAGGAAGCUGCAAAUAUACUGAUCACUCCGCUAAUGUGUGAUAAGAUAGAAUCAUGCAAAGAUGAUCUUGGGGAGAGGUGUGGCUACCUGAUCGAAAAGGACACACUUUAUGUUUUCUCAACCGGUCAAGCAAAUUUAGAAAAGUUUGAAAAGAAAAUAAAGGCACUCAUAAUCGAAGAGGAUAAGACACUGCAAGGAAAGGUAGAAAACGAAAGCACUUUCAAGGCCAAAAUUAAAGACAUUGAAGACAUAUACACCCCCUACGUAAAAUUGACCUCCAAAAUAUCCAAAGAAAAUGUAGUGAUACAUAUUGUGUGUGGUAAAGAUUAUUACGGUCCUGUAUGCAAUGACAUUAAUGAAAAGGUUGAAACAUUACUUGUCACAAAAGAAAAAAUCAAUAUUUCUCCUCAUAUCGUAAAAUAUAUUCAGAAAAAGUCCAUUGAAAAUAUUCAUAAGGCCAUCAAACAAAGUGGACUGCCAAAAGAUGUUUUUGAGAGCGAUGCGGAAAAAGCUGUUCUACAUGCCAAAGGAAACGCAAGGGUCAGACAGCAAGUUGUAGGUAUUGUUCAGACGGAAGCUAAGAAAAUUCAAGCUUCAUGGAGACAAAUAGAAAAAGAAGGAAUCCAUGACUAUUUUGCUGAUGGUGAGGGAUACAAGUUCCUUCUGAAUGAAAUUCCGAAACAUCAGUGUGAAUUUCGAAUAGCGACUCAGUAUGAAAUGAAAAACGAAGAUAUGCAUUGUAUUGUUACUCUAGAAACGGGACAAGCCCUUUUUGUUGGAGCAGGAACGCUUGAAAACCCAAACCUCCCGGUUGAUGUUAUUGUUAAUGCAGCAAAUACAAAGUUAGAACAUAGAGGUGGUCUUGCUGCAGUUCUUGUAAAAGCAGGUGGAAAGUCUAUUCAAGCCGACUGCACCGACUACAUCAAUAAGAAUGGUGAAUUACAGCCUGGAGAUAUCUACGUUGGUCCGGCUGGAAAAUUACCUUGCCAAAGAAUUAUUCAUGCUGUUGGACCUGAAUGGAAAGGUGGAAAUAGUAAUGAAGAUAAGAUCUUACAAACUGUGGUUGAAAAUAUUCUUGAAGCAAUGAACAGAGACAAAGAAUUCAUUUUACGCUCGGUGGCUAUACCAUUACUUAGUGCUGGUGUGUUUGGAUUUCCUCGGUCAAGGUCGGCAAAAAUAAUACUGGACACCAUGAAAAACAAGUUAAAGUCCACUCCAAACGUACGAGAGAUAUAUUUCUAUGACCCGAACCCAGACAUCGUUAGAACAAUACAGAAACAAAUGCAUGGUGUCUUCGGAGACAAAUGUUUUCAUUUGCCUAUGCGAAACAUUGCUGUUGGAAAAGGGACGAUGACAAAGUUUGCUGCGUCAAAACACUUUAAACUUGAAAGAUCUGGUACAAGAACUUUACCGCUCCCGGGCGGUACGAAGAUCAUCAUUAAAUGGGGAGAUCUUCAAACCACUGCGGCGGAAGUAUUGGUAAAUGCAACACCAACAGCCCCUACACCAUCAGGAAAGAUCAGUGACGGCUUGAAAUACGCUGCUGGAGUUGGAUUUGAUAUGGAAUCAGAAUGCAAUAAAGCAUUUAAGAAAGUAUGUCCAGGUGGCAACGUCCCGGAUGGCAUGAUGGUGCUGACUAAAGCAGGAAGAAUACCUUGCAGUGAAAUCUACCACCUCAAAAUUGACAACAACAAAUCAUCUGGAUGCAAUUCUCUUGCCGGUUACAUUACGACUUGUCUAAAAGAAGCUGUGAGACAGAAAAGAACGACAAUUGCUUUUCCCACGAUUGGUACUGCGGACUGCGAUUAUCCUGGAGACAAAGUUGCUCUCACCUUCAUACGAACAAUUGGAGAAUUCAUGCAGUUGCACAUAACAUGUUCUCUGACUGAGAUUACUAUAGUUAUCUACAAGACAGACAUCGUUACCACAUCGGCACUCGAAGUAAUAUUGGAGAAGUUGUAUAGCCAAAGGCCACAUCGACUGAUUGCAGACAUAGAAGAAACUGUGGAGACGAAAGAUGGUGAAAAAGAAGAAGUUAAUACCAGUCCAAAGCAAAGACAACCUUCUCCAAAACGAUCACGACCUAGAUCAGCUGUACAUAGGAAUAGAGUUCAAAAGCAAAAUGAAGGAUCGUUUGCUAUUGAUGACAGUGACGGAGCAGCGCUUGAUUUAGAAGUAGGAGGCAUAGAGAGCUCUAAGGCGGAUGCUAUUGUUUGUACAACCUCCUCUUUCCCUAAGCUAAACGGCGCUAUUACAACUGCCAUCACCAAAGCGGGUGGACCAGAUAUUCAGAAAGAAUGUAACAGAUGCUACAAGAGUUACCCGGAUCAAGGAGUUGCUGCAACAAAUGCUGGGAAUCUUAGCUGCAAGAAAGUGUAUUAUACUGUUCUUAAAGACUAUACACCAGCGAAUGCUAAGAAUGUGUCCGAUUAUGUGCUUAAAUGCCUUGAACAGGCAGAGAAAGACAAAUUUACAUCUAUCGCUAUGCCAACGUUUGGUACUGGUGGAUUUAAAUACCCUGAUCAAGUGUCGGCAAGUCAGAUGUUCACUGCCAUUAAAGAAUUUUUCAAAAAGAAACGAUCGUCCUUAAAACUGAUAGUGGUCGUAAUGUAUGGCCCAGCACAGCAGACUUGUCAGACAUUUUACCAAGAGGCGGCCAAGUUCUUCACACAAAUGAAAGCACCGACGAAGACUGUAGUUGCCGCCAAUACAGCCCAAGCACAAAAUGUAGACAAUCUUCUUUGGAGUGUACCAAAGUCAUCUACAUCUCUUGAGAUAACGUACGGAAAUCUUGAGCUGGCGAAGGCUGAUGUUAUAUUAGACACAACAACAAGCUUCCCUAAUCUGAUCGGCAUUAUUCCUGUUUCACUUAGCAAGCGUGCUGGACCGCAAUUAAAAGAGGAAUGUAAGCGUUUCAAAGGCAAUGUGAGUCCCGGGAUGAUUUUUGAAACAAAGGGAUAUGACCUUGACUGCAAACAAGUCUACCACUAUUUAAUGCCUGACUGGAAAGAAUCUGAUGGCGAACAGACCAUCAGCAACUGUAUUGAUGAUUGCCUGCAGAAGAUGAAGCAAAGUGGACUAAGAUCUGUAGCCAUACCUUCUAUAGGUACUGGUGGGGCAAGAUAUAACCCGAGGAAAGUAGCCCGUGGUAUCUACAGUGCUGUUGCCGACUUUGGCGCUGCAAAUGGUAAUGUUAAUUGCCACGUGAACCUGGUUUUGUUCCCAGCUGCUAAGGAUAUAAAUAAAACAUUUACGGAAGAACUUCAAGGAUUUAUGAGUGGUAAAACAAAUGAGCAAAAACCACCUGUGAAAGGUGUGCGUUUUGCUGAAGACGGCGACGACAAAGGGAAAAUUCAUGUUGAUGAUGAUAUUGUUAUUCCUACAAAAAGAAGGGACUUUCUUCUCAUACAGUUUACAUCUGAUGAUAGUAAAAACGUGGAUUUGGCCUUCAAAAGCAUAAAAACCAAAGUUGAACGAGAAACGAGGGAUGUGCAAAUAGACCUGACAAAAGAAAGCAAUAUAGAUGAUCUUGAUCUCGUAAACAAAGGAAAAAAUAAAAAAACUAUUGAAGACAUUGGUGAAGAUUACCAUGUCAAGGUCAUUGUUGACACCAAGGCACGAAAGGUGAAGGUCAGAGGGCUUGGCGAUGGCGUGAUUAAAUGCUACGAGAGAAUUCUUCGAUUUUUGCAAGAAAGACGACAUGAAGCUGUGUCAAAAGACAUCGGGAAGAUAGUGUACCAGCAUAUCGAAUGGUAUUAUACUGAAGACGAUGGUAAAAUAUGGGUACCGUAUCCAAGACACAUAAGAUACCUGCUUGAAGACGCUAAUUCUACAAAAGUGACGGAGAAAGAAUUUCGUGACAUCAAUGAAAAGCUCUAUGUCGUAGACUUCACGAAAAUGGAAGAAUAUGUGAAAGGGGAUAAAAAGAAAGAAACAACAGUGACAGUGAUAAGAAAAGAUUUAACAGAAGGUUGA